CAAACGGCGCCCGUUCGUUCUCCACGCAGAGCACCACACACCGCCGCGGCGACGCAGACGACGACGGCAUCAUUCCAGUUGCUGGCUCAACCCUCAGCGCCGUCUGACCGUGCGAGAACAUCCCGUCGUUCCAGUCCCAGGAAGCGUCCUGUUCCUUCGUCCCUUUCCGUCCUCCGUCAAGCCUCGUCGCGUGAAUCAGCAUGAGUUACGGUGGAUACAACCAGGGCGGCUAUGGCCAGUCAAAUCCCUACGCCCAGCAGAACUCCUACGGUAACCAGGGCGGCUACGGUGGCGGAUACAACGACAACGUCGAGAUGCAGCAGUACAACCAACCAGCGCCCGGAGGUCGUUACGGUGGUGGCCUCCCCUCAGGUCCCAGGCCAGGUGGUGCUGGCGGCUACAACGGUGGCUACGAGGGCGCAGGCUACGACAACCAAGGCGGCAACGUCGGUGGCAAUCUGCUGAACCAAUGUCGCGACAUCGACCAAGCCAUCGAUGAUCUGCAGCGUCGUGUGCAAGAUCUCCAGGGCCUUCACACCCGCGUGCUCAACGACCGGGCUUCAAACGACGAAGUUGACCGGCAGAACAGCGAGGUCAUGGCCGCAUUCCGCAACCUUGGAGAGAGAUUAAAGAAAAUAAAGAGCAAGCCGGAAAGCGGAAGUCCUACAAAUGCUCCUCAAGUCGGUAGAGUGGACAGGAAGCUGAAGAAGGCCAUCAAUGACUUCCAACGUGUGGAAAGCGACUUCAGGAAGCAGAUGCAAGACGCGCAAAUCAGGCAGUUCAAAGUCGUCAACCCAAAUGCGACAGAAAUGGAGGCUCGUCAGGCUAUCGAGGAUCCUAACUUUGAGGGCGGCGUCUUCCAGCAAGCGCUCAUGAACUCCAAUCGCCGAGGCCAAGCUACAACCACACUCAACGCCGUCCGACAACGACACCAAGAAAUUCAACGCAUCGAGCAAACCAUGAUCGAACUUGGACAACUGUUCGAAGAUCUCGACCGCAUUGUUAUGGAGCACGAGCCGCUCAUCCAAAAUAUCGAGCAAAAAGGCGAGGAGGUCCAGCAAAAUGUUGAAGCUGGUGUUGGCGAGCUAGACAAAGGUGUGAAGAGCGCUCGUGCAGCACGGAGAAAGAAGUGGAUUUGCUUCUGGAUCUGCAUCGCUAUCAUCAUCGCCAUUGUUCUCAUUGUCGUCAUCUACAUGGCCGUCACGGGCAAGUUCAGUAGCAGCAGCAGCAGUAACAGCAAUAAGAACAACAAGAGGUGGCUUCUGCAGGCUCGCAGUAUGAUUGAGGCAAGAGCCGCAGAGGCGGAUCCCAUGGCUCUGAUGGCGCCAGGUGUUGUGCUCUGAGCAGCACUUGAGAUCUCCCACACAGCGGGACUAUUCAGACGUUUGAGAAAAAGAAAAACAUACUCCAGUCUUAUCAAGGUCUGCAAAGAUGAGCACAGCGCAGAAUCAUCUAUGCGGACUCAUGGGAAAGAGUACACUUGAAAUCCCUCGGUUUUUUUUUUCUUUUUUUUUUAUGGAAGGUCUCUACUUUCUACAUUUUCAUUAAGAGUUCCAGUGACCAACAAAAUUGUUUGAGGAAAUUGUAUUGCUUGUAAUUGCGGGUUUUAUCUGUUCGGCUGGCUCACAUCAAAGAUCUUUGAUAACAGCCAGUCAUGAUACCUUGUUCGCACAUAUCUAGCAUUUGUAGGCGCAUUAACAAUCAUUGGAGAAUGGAUAUUUCCUCUGUGCUACUACCAA